UAUCUUUUCUAAAGUGGUCAUCUAUCAUUUCUAAAGUGUUUCUUAUUCAGUCUCUAUUUAUUCACAUAAAAGCCAUAGGCCAUUCGGUGGGAGAUGAUGUUGUGCCUUAAUUAGCAAAGGGCAAUCAAUACAGAGAAGGAUUAAACAGCACCCACAAGUCAAAGGAAAAUAGACAUACAGACUGUCCUCCACUCACUACCUGUGGACGAACCCAGCUGCAUCAGAUAAAGACUCUAGACUUGAGUCGGUUGGGGGUGACCAGAGCUGCAAUCCAGGAACACAAUGUUCCUCCUGGCUUAGUAGGAGAUAUUGCUCACAUCAAAGAAAAUCCAGGACUUCUGGUUGGGUGAGUAUCAAAGAGUCUGCGAUAUACCACUAUGUUCCUGAGUGGGAAUGAAAGAUUGGCCGCAAAAAAAUCACCUUUAAGUUCUCAGCCUUUGAACCUGCUUUUUCUUCUCUCCUGCCCCUUGUUCCAGGCCACACCCCCCCACCAGCCCCCUACCUCCCCCAGUAGGAAGAGGCCAGAUAAAAAGCUGUCAGCCUGUUACUACAGACACUCAACUCAGACACUUUCAGAGGCAGGUGUCAGGAAUCCAGAGGCCCAUCCCAAUCCGUGCACAUCUUCACCCAGUUACCGCAUACCUCAUACCCCUGCCAGUAAGUGGAUAACAGAGCAUCUGCCUUACACAUCUGUCUUGCUAUGUGCUGGUGCCUUCAGAGGAUCAGAGAACACUCUGAGCCAAGCUCAAGGACUGGGAAUUCUACUACUGCUAGCUGGCUUUCCGGUGCAAAAAAUCAUCGGGGAAAGACCUGUCUUCUGCCAAAACCUAACCCAAACACGCGCAGAAACUACCAUGAAGCUCUGGGCUCUCCUCCUCAUCGCGCUCACCUACGAGGUCGUGACGCUUCUGCCCGUGCUGGGAGGCCUCAAGAACAGACCUUUCUCUGAACUAAGAGAUAUUGACCAGUGCUGGGUACAGCCUCCAUCAUUAACGUAUUGUUUAAAAAGGUGCACUAAAGCAAAGAGAUGUUCCUUUCCAAAUCAUACAUGCUGCUGGACCUACUGUGGCGACAUCUGCUUGGACAAUGAAGAACCCUUUAAAUUCAUGCUAAAACCCUAGAUUCUAGCUGACCCCCGACUAGUGUGGGCUGGAGGUUGACUGUGUGGUCAAGAAGAGGGCUGCCUUGUUCUCUGUUGGGAUACCCACUCUCUCCAGCUGAGGACCUCUUUGCUCUCUCCUUGACCUCUCUAUCCUGAGAAGGCACAAGUCUUUGCCAAAUAAACGGAUCCACCAACCUGAGGGCUCUGUAUUUUUUGGUACUUCAUCCCUGUAACUUCAUUUCUUUCAUUAUAGUCCCCAAUAGCCUCCAAAGUUUUUCCCAUCCCAUCACGGGCACAGGCACCCAACUCUGCCUUCUAGUUAGAACAAGGUAUUAGUCAGGUACGCUCAUGGCUGUAGCAAAAAUACAGAGAUUUAUAAAAAUCUCAUGGGGUUAACACGGUGAACGUUUAUCCUUAUUCACAAGACAUUUCUCUGAGGGUGAUCAGUGAACAGCCACCCAUGUCGUGAUCCAAGGACCCUGGCUCCUCCCAUCUAUAGCUCCACUGUCUCCUAGGACCUCUUCUGCAUCCAGCCAGCAGCUGGGAGAAGAAAGGUAGUACAGGGGCUCAUACAGAAGGGCCAGGCAUAGAAGUGGGGUUUACUGUUUCUCUCCACAUUCUAUUUGCCAUAAUGUAGUCAUAUGGUCCCACCUAUUUGCAAAGAAGGCUAAGAAAUAUAGUCUAGUUGUAUGUCCAGCAAGAACAGGAAAGGGGAUUUGGUGAACACAGGGCAGUCUCUGACCUGCCUAUUUAUGCAAAGCCAGACUCCUUAAGUAAGACCCUGGCCUCCACAUCACUCUGUCCCAUGGAACAAGCACCCCCUGGUAAGAAGCUGACAUCUACUGUCAUUACGGAAAGAGUUUCUGACCUCAAGGCAGGUACUCAGAGCUUCCAGAAUGAUUCCUCUUCUGCCAUCCCUAGUAGCCUCUUAUUUCUGCCGGGUCAGAUUUGUCUGCCUGUCAGUUUUACCCGGGUAAAUUUUCCUCGUAUCCUGAGAUUUCAGGUAAUACAAGGCAGGCUUUCAUGCCCAUAUUGUUUCCCCCAAUUAUAUCUGAAUUUCUACCAUUUGUCAUCAGUAUCUUGAAGAUCAUUUAAAAAAUACAACUUCUCCUGGAUGAGGGGUACCUACUAUAUAUCCAGGCUUGUGGCUCUUCCUGGUCCAGAGGACAAGACAGUCUCACUUAGAUGGAUGAGUCAGUCUCAGCUGAUAGCUGAGUCACACCUAUCAAUUUACAGCCUGAAGAAAGGCUCAGGAAUGUGAUAUAGCAAAGCCCAAGGCCAGGCAAGAGACUAAGUCCUAGUAGAAAACUGGUUAGUGCCUUAGAGCUCAGAAUAAUGAAAAGAGACAAUGGCUCAGGGGCUCAGGUAAACAUCCUUCAGGAGUGGGGCUCCAGGCUCCCCACUAUGGAGUGUCACUGGCGAUUUCCCCUCACCAUUAUAGUAGUAUUUUACUUUCCCCUGGAUUAAAGAUCCUGUUUCCAAACCCCAUCUCUCUGUCUUUCUUAACAACCUCAUUUUGGUAAUAUAUACCCUAUAGGGGGGCUUCCUGAGAGAGGGUACUUGAGAACUAACUAAAUAAAGUAAAUUUUAAAAAUUUGACA